AUGAACAUCAAGAAGCAAAAGCCAAAAUUUCUACCAAUUCCCAGAGAAGUUGAGCAAGGUGAGUGACUGAAUUCAUUUUCCCUUCAAUUUUUUUGUCAUUUUCAGAAGAUGCGGGCUUUGUAACGGUUCAAACCGACAGAAUACCAAGUGUGCUCAUUGUCCGUUGGUUUGAUCUGUUCUGCUUCGGUUUCGCGAUGUGCUCCUACAUUUUGGACUUCUCCUCUGACAUUGGAAUAGCGAUUAUGCACUUCUUGGCGGGACGAGUGAGUUUUUCGUUGUUUCCUCCGAAAAAAGCACUUUUCUUGCAGACUCUAUCUGGAGCACUUAUUCUGACCUUUGCAAUGAUCCCUUCCAUCAUAAUCAACAUCAUUUCUUGGAUUUGGAUGCGGAACGACGAGUUGAAGCACAGAAAUGUUCCAGAAAGCAUCGUCAAUAGGGAGUUGACACCGAAAAAGUUCAUUUCCCUAAGGAAAAUGACUUUUCUGUGUGUUUUCCAGGUAAUUUUUAGGGAAAUAUUGUUAAAAAGUGAUAAUGUCGCAGAUAGGGCCACUAUUCUGGUACUACAAGGCCUUGUACUACGGAAGCAUGUUUCGGAAUGGCGACAAGAACGAUGAAAAGGAGAGAAGAAAGAAUUUUUCGAGAAUGGUGGAGGCCGAGACCGAUGCAACGCUGCUCAGGUUGCUAUUUUGUCUGUUUUGUGGUUCAGUAGAGACCAGGUGGCUCAGAUGAUACAAGCCCGAUAGGGCUCGGCAAAUUCCUUUUGACAAUCACAACCCUUACUUGAAAACUUCCAGAUGCUUCGAAGCUUUCCUCGAAUCCGCUCCCCAAAUGCUCAUCCAAGGUUCAAUCGCCGCCAACUACUUUCAACACUCGUACAUCUCCGGCCACGUCCCUUAUUGGCUCUACUUCCAAGCCGGAUCACUUCUCAUCUCGAUCAUCAGCGUCUCCUGGUCCAUCGUCGUUCAAAACCGUUCGCUGCGAAUGAUUAGCGAUAACAAAGUCAAUAUUUGGCCGCACGAAGCAGUAUUGCAGGUGAGACUGAGACUUUGAUAACGUUACUGUAGUGAUUAGAAGCCAGAAAAAAAAAGUAAUGAGCGGACGAAAUUUGCUUCUUUUUUUUUGCAGUUUUGCUGGAGAUUCCUCACGAUUUUCGCGCGGAUCGUCACACUUUGCGCCUAUGUGCUUGUGUUUCGGAUCAACGUCAUUGCACUUUUUGCCGGACAUUUGCUGGCUUCGCUCAUUCAUGUCAUCAUUCUACAGGUAUCGUUAUUUUCUCGUUUUGUCGGAUUUGUGGCAAAAGGAAAAUACUUUGGAAGUUUCCAGUUAGUACAUUUUUGUUGGGUGCUGAAAAGUGGAAAUCGUUUAACGAAGUCCACCUUAAUUCUCUGUCGGAAGAGUGAGAAUCCACUGUUUUUCAGGCACUGCACAUCGAACACCACACAAACCGAGAUCGUCAUGUGUCGAUUGAAAAAGUGCUUCCUCUCAUCAACACUCUCAUUCACGUGUUUACCCCGUUCAACAUGGUGGAAGGAUACACAAGAUACCGCUAUUUUGUUGCCUACACCGUCGAACUUUUUGAAAUGCUAGUGAGAUCGCGUCGUUUUACUGAAAAGACAACGAGCUGUGUACUUUCAGACAAUUUUCCUUUUCCUGGGGCCCAGAUUGCAAUCAUUUCCUCUCAUUGGCGUCAUUCGAUGUACGGUGUUGUCUUCUUUUGUUCUCGGUAAGAUUAUUUGGUCAAAUAGUGGGAGAAAUAGAAUGAAAUUGCAGGAAUUUGUGUGAUGAUUGUGUAUUAUCAAUUCUUCCACCCAAAUAGAAGACUUCUUCUGCCAUCCCAGACGUUGACGGACAUUCCAACUGACUUGGAAAGAGCAGAUGGGGUAGCCGAACUGGAAAUCACGGAUCUGAGGCCGAAAGAUCAAGACGAGGCCCAAAAAAGCACUGACCAAGCCGAAAAGUCGGACACAGCGGCCCAGGACGAAUGUCAUAAUUGA